CUGGUCUGGGGAGAGGAGACUGACAACUGGUCCCAGCCCCUCAUCCUUUCUUGCCUCUCAGCCUCAAAGGGAGAGAAGGGGGAGGUCCAGGAGCAGAAAGAAGAUCUCAGCUCUGAAAGCUUGCAGAAUCCUCCUGAGGGAGCUGGAGGAGACCCAGGACCUGAGCUACCUUCUGGAAAGCCACCUGAGGAAGCUCGCUGGCGAGGGUGGCUCCAAUCUGCCCUUAGGUGCAGAACCCCCGGGUGACGUGUGCAAACCAGCGCCUGCUAAGGCCCACCAGCUGCAUGGGAAAUGCAGGCCAGAUCCAUCUCCCGCCAGCUUGUCCCCAGCACCUCCCCCAGCUCCUCUGGCCUCCACCCUGUCACCAGGCCCGAUGACCUUCUCAGAGCCUUUUGGACCACACUCAACCCUGAGUGCCUCCGGGCCUCCAGAGCCCUUGCUUCCCCUAAAACACCCUGCAUCCCGGCCACAUGUGGUUUUUCCUCCUUCACCACAGCCGCAUGGUCCCCUGACCUCCUCUCCACCUCCACCCGACUCCAGCCUGGCUGGACUUCAGUGUGACUCCACAACACGCCCCGUCCCCAAGAGCUCCCCUCUACACAGCCAGGGGCUGCCUUCUCCAACCAGGGUGAUCUCUGGCCUUGGGCGCUCCAGCCAUCCCAUCCAGGAACUCUAUUGCUGGAGGGAGGCUGCCACCACCUGGGGCCUCUCCACCUGUUCACGUGGCAAAUCCCAGCCACAGCAUCUUCCCGACCACCCCCUAGAGGCUUCCUUCUGGGGAGACCCCACACCCAGGCACGUGGAGGUAGGUGGCUGCACAUUCAUCCACCCUGACGUGCAGAAGCUGUUGGAGACUCUCAUCGCCAAGAGAGCACUGAUGAAGUUGUGGCAGGAGAAAGAAAGGGAACGGGCCGACCACCCGCAGAUGACAUCACUGGGGAAGGAGUGGGACAUCACGACUCUAAAUCCCUUCUGGAACGUGUCAACGGAACCACAGCAGCUGCCCCGUCCUCAGCAAGUCUCUGAUACCACAGCGGUGGGGGACCACUUGCAGCAGAAAUGCAGCCAGCUUUUCUGGAACCUCCCAUCUUUCAACAGCGAGUCCCUAGUAGCCACAGCCUGGGUUUCUAGCAAACCUUCCUCACAGAAUGCGCACUCUGUAUCACUGGAUAAAGCCUCCACUUCUCCUCCAGGUGAACCUGAGGUUGAGGCAUCCUCACAGCUUUCCCAGGCACCGCCUUCCUCACAGAAUGCACACUCUGUAUCACUGGAUAAAACCUCCACUUCUCCUCCAGGUGAACCUGAGGUUGAGGCAUCCUCACAGCUUUCCCAGGCACUGCCUUCCUCACAGAAUGCGCACUCUCCUACCGUGCUCUUCUCCACCCCAGAUUAG